UUAAUUGCUUUCACCUUUGUAAUCAAGGUGUCUGAGUAAGGGUGGAGUUAUUCAAAUCUCUGAACUGCCAACACUACAUAACUUUUAAUCAAGAGGUUUGACUCGAGAUCCAACACUGGUGUUAGGAAGAGCCCAAGCAUCAUUAUUUAGGAUGAGCUGCAGCUCAGUGACGAUGAAAGAGUUCAAUGUCAGGAGUGUUCUGGUGACUGGAUCCAAUCGAGGAAUCGGCCUGGGACUCGUGAAGCGAUUUCUAGAGCUACCAAAUCCACCAGAAUGGAUCUUUGCCACCACAAGGGAGCUGGCUGGAUCCCAAAGCAAGGAGGUAAUCGAGCUGGCAUUGAAGCAUCCAAACCUGGUGGUGCUGCAGCUGGAUGUCACAGAUCCAAACAGCAUAAAGGCAGCUGCACAGAGAGUGGAGGAGCAUGUGCAAGGACUUGGACUGAAUAUCCUGAUAAACAACGCUGGCAUCGAACGGGUAACCACCAUGGAGAAUGAGAACGUUGAGACCAUGGCAAUUGUAUACCUAACUAACACAGUUGGGCCCCUGCUGGUGAGCCAGGAGUUCCUGCCAUUGCUGAAGAAGGCUGCUCAGCAGAGCACCCAGACAGGGCUGAGCUGCAGCAAGGCCGCCAUUCUCAACAUGUCCAGCAUAGCUGCUUCCAUAGAAGUAGUUCCAGUGUGGGAAUUCCGGAAAAUACUCAGCUACCGCUGCAGCAAGGCUGCUCUGAACAUGGUCAGCAAGUGCCAGUCCUUGGAGUACAAAGACUAUGGGAUUCUCUGCACUUCUAUCCACCCUGGCUGGGUGAAAACCAGAAUGGGAACAGAAAAGGGUGUCACAGCCCCACAGACCGUGGAGGAAACCACUCAAGCAAUCCUGAAGAUGCUUUCCACGCUCUCUGAGAAGGAGAAUGGUUCCUUUGUGGGCUGGGACGGAAAAAUCUAUCCCUGGUGAGACAUGAGCUUGCCAGGUGUGAUUAGAUCAUAGAGGUGCCUGCAGUGUUACCUGUACCUGACACCCCAGUAAACAACCUGA